AUCCAACACUAUCAAGACCAUCCUUUAGCCAACAUAAUCAGAGUCAUAAUCAUACGUUCGUCAUCAACUCACCAUCGUCACUCCAAGCAACCUAGCAUAGCCUCUCAAACUCAAAUUCAACAAAGCCGAACCACCCCAUAUUAAACAUGCGCGCCUCAACAGUCCUCAUGACCUUCUUCGCCGCCCUCGCCGUCGCCGUCCCAAGCAACCUCGACUCCAUCAAUCUCCCCUCCCUCCUCGAGACCCGCCAGUGCGCAAAGGCGGGAACGUGUUCCAAGGGCGGCGACAAGGGCGAGAGCUGCUCUGCGCUCAAGUGCUGUAGUGAUUCCAAGUCUGGUCGUGGCGGACAGGUCUGCUGCUGCAACUAAGUUGCGUAAAU